CGGCUAUGCGACGGGCUGUAUUUGCCCAGUACUAUUGGGAACUUAAUUAGACUGAUGGAUGCUUAAUUAGAGAUUUCUGCAUUGUUUCAGGCGUAUCCCAUAUUAUCUAUAAGCGUUUUUUUGUGUGCCAGUUUAUGUGUACUGUUUGUUGUAGAAUCUUAUAUUACGGUUUUUGCGGGUAGAGGUUAAGCAUUAUUGAUUGAUUUGUUUAUUGAUCGCAAUCGUUGCUCCCUGUCAGUGUAAGCCCAGGUGAAUGGUAUUGUAUUUAAGAAAAAUACUUGUGCUUUUUAAUUUCUAAUUAAUUUCUAAUUUCUAAUGUAAUUUUUAAUUUCUGUUUGCUUUAAUACACCUGUAGUAACAAAGGUUGUUCAUUCAGCUCGGAUUUUAAUUCAAAAUGAGAACCUGUGAACUUUUAUUGCUGUGAUAUUUUACUGUUUGAUUCGUGUUUUUAGAUUCUCUCUAUGGUCUAGUUAGAGCCCACUAAUAAAACCGCCUGUGGAGUUUGCGCUUUUGGUUAUUCCUGUAAUUUUCCAAGCACUCAGUUUUCGGUCUUCUCCUUUAUUGGUUUUGUAAUCCAUCUUGCAGCCCCGUAGAUCGGGGCUGGAGGUUGCCCUGCCUCUCUUACCACACCGCUGGCAUUUGUCCCCGUCGUGGUUUCGGUGACCUCCCACCGUUUGACACAUGCGGUUCAGGUGUGUCCGAACGCCUCCUCGCAUAUGAAUGAAUAACGCGUGUGUUUCCUAUGACACGGUGUGCCUAUGGAAUCCGCCUCGUGCCAUCUGCUUUUCUGUAAUGUCCUCUGCAUCACUGUUACUCUAAAUAGAUCGGAAUGUAUAGACCUAUACUUAUUUCCUACUUUAUAACCCUGAAAUUGUUUCGUGGCUGGUACGAAAUACAUCAGGGAGCUUUAGAAACUCGGGAAGGACGGUAAAUACGUAAUUUUAAGAUGAUUUUUUUUUCAGCAGAUAAAAUGAAUUCAGUUUUAAACUUUGAGACACAGAGUUUUAAUACAUGGAUGCUGGAGAAAGGUGUAAACAAUAUUUCUUCAUAGUGUUUUUGAGUAGGGACGGUUUUCAAAGGAUGCGUUGGGGAUGUUGUCUUUCCAGGAGGUGCCUUUGUUUCUCAGCUUCGAGGAAUGUGUGAAUCUCGCUGACAUGCACGCCUGUACUGUACUUCCGAGGACGAACAGUCCUGUCAUCUUCCUGACAGCUUACAGCUGUGGUCUGAUGGUUUGAUUUAACAUCUCAGCCUUUUGCUCUGGUGAUGUUCUGGAUCACGUCUGCUUUUUCACGCCCUUCCCCGUAUCAUGGAUGGGACGGGGGUUAGGUCACAGAUAAAGGGGGUCUUUUGAAGGAUUCCCUUACAUUUUAUUCGCCCAUGUCCCGUUGUGUUUCACUCCCCUGCAUCGGACCUGAGUCAUCUCAGCAUGAUGUUGCCGUUCCACAAUGGUCCAGCUGGUUGCUUUUGUCACAACUCGGCUGGAAUGCAGCAGAACAUUGAAGUGACCAUGGACGCCACCUCCUCCUUGAAGAUGACCACGAUGGCCAUCCAGAACUACUUCAGCUAUGUGGAGGAGGAGAAUUUGCCGGCCAUCGUGACCCACCUGGAGAAGUUCAAAGAAGUAGACAGCAGAAGUGAUAGCGGACAGACGGCAUUGAUGUUGGCAUCAGAGCAGGGCAGUCUGCAGAUUGUACAGGAACUCGUCAGGAGAGGAGCCAACAUCAACCUGGAUGAUGUUGACGGGUGGACGGCGCUGAUCUCCGCUGCCAAGGAGGGCCACGUGGAGGUGGUGAGGGAGCUUUUGGACCACAAUGCCAACCUGGAGCAGAGAGACAUGGGAGGUUGGAGCGCCCUCAUGUGGGCUUCUUAUAAAGGACACACAGAGGUUUCUCGCCUGCUCCUGGAGAAAGGCGCCAGCCCCAACAUCACCGGACAGCAGUACAGCGUCUACCCCAUCAUCUGGGCAGCUGGACGGGGCCAUCCUGAAGUCGUCCAUCUCCUGCUCCAGCACGAAGCCAAAGUCAACUGCUCUGACAAGUAUGGCACCACACCUCUUAUCUGGGCCUCCAGAAAAGGCCACUUUGACUGCGUCAUGCACCUGCUGGAGAAUGGAGCUGACGUCGACCAGGAGGGGGCGAACUCCAUGACGGCGCUGAUCGUGGCGGUUCGGGGCGGCUACACGGACGUGGUGAAGGAGCUUCUGAAGAGGAAUCCCAACGUCAACAUGAAGGACAAGGACGGAAACACGGCCCUCAUGAUUGCCUCCAAGGACGGACACACCGAGAUCGUGCGGGACCUGCUGGAGGCCGGCGCUUACGUCAAUGUCCCCGACAGGAGCGGCGACACGGUGCUUAUUGGGGCCGUCAGGGGGGGCCACGUGGAGAUCGUCAGGGCCCUUCUGCACAAAUACGCCGACAUCGACAUCCAGGGGCAGGACAACAAGACGGCCCUAUACUGGGCUGUGGAAAAGGCUAACACCAUCAUGGUACGGGACAUUCUGCAGUGCAACCCCGACACGGAGACCUGCACUAAGGAUGCAGAGACCCCGCUGAUCAAGGCCACCAAGAUGAGGAACAUCGAGAUCGUGGAGCUGCUGCUGGACAAGGGGGCCAAGGUCUCGGCGAUGGAUAAGAAGGGGGACACGCCCCUUCACAUCGCCAUCCGGGGGCGGAGCCGCAAGCUGGCCGAGCUGCUCAUGAGGAACCCGAAAGAUGGCCGACUGUUGUACCGGCCUAACAAGGCCGGCGAGACCCCUUACAACAUCGACUGCAGCCACCAGAAGAGCAUCCUAACUCAGAUCUUCGGAGCCAAGCAUCUGUCCCCCACGGAGUCAGACGGAGACAUGUUGGGCUACGACCUGUACAGCAGCGCGCUGGCGGACAUCCUGAGCGAGCCCACCAUGCAGCCCCCCAUCUGCGUGGGCCUCUACGCCCAGUGGGGCAGCGGCAAGUCCUUCCUGCUCAAGAAAUUAGAAGACGAGAUGAAGAUGUUCGCCGGGCAGCAGGUGGAGCCCCUCUUCCAGUUCUCCUGGCUUGUGGUGACCCUGACGCUCCUGCUAUGUGGCACCGUGACCCUGGCGCUUGGCUUCACCGUGGACCCCCGUCUAGCCGUGGCCGCGGCCCUAACCCUGCUCGCCUUGCUCUACAUCUUUUUCGUGGUGGUUUAUAUUGGUGGCCGCAGAGGAGGUGACAGUUGGACCUGGGUGCUGAGCACGCGCCUGGCCAGGCAUGUCGGCUAUCUGGAGCUGCUGCUCAAGCUGAUGUUCGUCAACCCCCCCGAGCUGCCAGAGCAGACCACCCGCGCCCUGCCCGUCAGGUUCUUGUUCACCGACUACAACCGGCUCUCCAGUGGCGGGGAGACUUCCAUGGCGGAGAUGAUCGCCACCCUGUCUGACGCCUGUGAGAGGGAGUUUGGCUUCAUGGCCACCAGGCUCUUCCGGGUCUUCAAGACAGACGAGACGCAAGGGAAGAAGUGGAAGAAGACUUGCUGCGUGCCCUCCUUCGUCAUCUUCAUCUUCGUCUUGGGCUGCCUGAUCACAGGCCUGACCCUGUUGGCCGUCUUCAAGGUGGAUGAGCAGAACCUGACGGUGAACGCGACCCUGAUUGCCAUGGCGUGUGCUGUGGGCCUGGGCCUGCUGCUGAACUGCCGCACGUGGUGGCAGGUGCUCGAUUCGGUGCUGCACUCUCAGCGCAGGCGGCUGCACGGCGCAGCCAACAGGAUGCACAAGCUGAAGAGCGAGGGCUUCAUGAAGGUCCUGAAGUGCGAAGUUGAGCUGAUGGCUAAGAUGGCGAAGACUAUCGACUGUUUCACCCAGAACCAGACACGCCUGGUCGUGAUCAUCGAUGGGCUUGACUCCUGCGAGCAGGACAAGGUCCUGCAGAUGCUAGACACGGUGAGGGUGCUGUUCUCCAAAGGCCCUUUCAUCGCCAUCUUCGCCAGCGACCCGCACAUCAUCAUCAAGGCCAUCAACCAGAACCUGAACAGCGUGCUGCGUGACUCCAACAUCAACGGACACGACUACAUGCGCAACAUCGUGCACCUGCCCGUCUUCCUGAACAGCCGCGGCCUAGGAGGGGUUCGUCGGCUGUGCGCCACGGCGCCCCCCAGUGGCGAUGCCGCCGGCCCGGACGACGGCCAUGAGAUGGUGGACAGGAAGGUGUCCCAACACAGCCUCGGGGAUCAAAGCCGGCUGGGCAGCAGGGUGGCACCAAACCGCAGGGGGACAGGGUACAUGGAGAGAGCUACGCAAGGCCCACUUGCAGGCCCCCUGAACUUCGUCUUGCCCCAGGACACCUACCGUCGGAGGCAGAUCCAGAGAAGUCUGACCAGGCAGAUGUCCUUCGACCUGACCAAGCUGCUGGUGACAGAGGACUGGUUCAGUGACAUCAGCCCCCAGACUAUCAGGAGGCUCAUCAACAUCGUGUCUGUCACAGGUCGGCUGUUGAGGGCCAAUCAAAUCACCUUCAGCUGGGACCGCCUGGCAUCCUGGAUCAACCUGACUGAGGAGUGGCCCUACCGCACCUCCUGGCUCAUCCUGUUCCUGGAGGAGACUGAAGGGGUGCCCGACAAAGUGACUCUCAAGACCAUCUAUGAGAGGUCUGUGGAGUGGGGGGAGGGAGGGCUCAGGAUCUCCAAAAACAUCCCGACGACGAAAGAUGUGGAGCCGCUGCUGGAGAUCGACGGCGACGUGCGCAGCUUCGAGGUCUUCCUGUCGUCACGGACCCCAGUGCUGACGGCUCACGAUGUGGAGACAUUCCUGCCCUGCACGGUCAACCUGGACCCCAAGCUACGGGAGAUCAUUGCAGACGUGCGGGCAGCGAGAGAACAGAUGCAUCUCGGUGGAGUGACCUAUCCCACGCUGCCCCUCCAGGACACACCCCCCCAACGCGCGCCACCCGCCUUCGGCCAGCACCUUCCAAGCUGCUCCCCCACAUUGCCUGCCCCCAGUCUGCCCCCCCAGCCCCACAGCAGCCAGUACAGCGGCCUGACUGGCCCUCAGCAUCCCUUCUACAACAGGCCCUAUUUUCCCCAUGACGUGUACCAGCUGCCCCGGCAGUACGUUCCCAGUUCCCAUCAUGCACUUCUGCGCCCAUCCGUUACAUCUGGCUUUCCCAGGGCUAUGAGCAGCACACUCGAAGUUAUUAAGGAGGAUGCCAGCGAGGGUCUCCCUUCUCCCAUUCUCCCUCCCGCGUUUCAGCUCGGCUUCCUGCCUCUCAGACAGACCCAGGAUUCUGCCAUGGUCCCCCCCGGCCCAUCCACCGUCCCACUCAGCUCCAUGACGACGGACUGUGUGUGUGAGCGACUCCGGCAGAUCGAGGGCAUCAACCCCACCAUGUUUGUCCAGUACUCGGCCACCAUAAAGAAGGCCAACAUCAAUGGCAGAGUGCUGUCCCAGUGCAAUCUGGACGAGCUUAAGAAGGAGAUGGACAUGAAUUUCGGCGACUGGCAUCUCUUCAAGGAAUUGGUGACAGAGCUCCGCCACGCAGAGAGCCAGGUGCUUCAUGAGGGCCUGCAGGUCGCCAGUGGGCAAGACAGCAGCAUGGUCACCCCCGGCAAAACCACCACUGACCACAAGACAUCCAACAGGUGCAGCCUAAGCUUUGAGGACCUGAGCAACCUGGGCUUGGACGAGCCUCAUAAGCUCUGCAAUUCCCAUUGGUCGGCAACAGUGCAUCGGACCUCCAGCAUGUCCAGUCUCAACUCCCAGGAGUCGUCCAGCGACAUCUGCAAGCUGACAGACAAGCAGCAGGAGGAGUAUCGCGACGCCUACAGGGAAUACAUUGCGCAGAUGGGCCAGCUGGAGGGGGGGGGGAACCCCACGCCUCCGGACUCCCAGGACAGGGUAGGCGAGGCUGAUCGGGAGGCCCAUGAUCCCACCGACGUCAGCAGCCCAUCACUCGAACCCAUCGCUGAGGAGGAAGAGAAACCACAAUCCCACAAGACCGGGCUGUUCCCGGAGCUCAACAGUGAGGAGGAGGAGUCUGGGACAGAGGAGAUGGACUGCACUCCACUCCUCAAGGAGGAGAAGAGGGUGCGCGUCAAAGUUCCAGCAGCUGCCCGUCUGUCCUCCGCCGACCUUGACAAGAAGGAGUCCUCCGACUCCGGGCUGAGGUCCAGCGACAGCUCGCCGGAGCACUCGCCUCGGGACGAGAAAACGGGGUCCACCCUCAUCGCACUGGAGCGGGAGAGCCACCUGGGGAGUAGCCCAAAGCGGAGCCCGCAGGAAGACGCCACCCGCAUGUCACUCUGCUGGGACACGCCCUCCGAGAGGAGCUGGUUCGCCAGGCAUGAUUUCGCGAUGAGCCGCGCCUUCAGUGACACCACGCUCAACAACAACAACAGCGGAGUCCCCUUCCGCCGCCUCAUCACCAGCCCCGGCUCGGGGGUCAUCCCAUCGGUGCGCAAGAAGAAGAGGCUGUACUUGGGUCUCGGAGCCGCCGCUGUGUCUGCGGACAGCGUGGCCUUGGGGGACGAGCAGGAGAGCAUCCUGUGACAAUCCAGUGCCCCAAACAGUGCCCUUCAUAACCACAUCCUAGUAGGUCCAUUUUUUUCAGCCUGUGGACAACAAAAGAUGAAAUGUAAGAUUUACAGGUUCCAGUGCCCAAAAAUCAGAGACACCAGUUUCAUCUGUAAUACACAAAAUUGAGGUAACAAAAAGAAUUGCAGCAAGGGAGACAAUCUUAGAGGCAGGGAAAAUAUGCUUGAUCGGGAUUAGAGUUUUGUAUUGAAGCUUGUGGAAUUAUACAAAAAAUGGAGAUCCAGAAUUAAUGUAACCACAGUAGAAGCACAUAAAGUUGCCUGUGUGUUUAGCGUGUUGUACACCAUCCCACCACUCCAAAGGCUGUAGGACAGGCUGGUCGAAGGCUAGCAGGUGACAUUACUGCCGACUGCAUCAGAUACACCAGCCUGACGCGCCCCUCACAGCAGGCGCCACCCAAGCGCGGGGGGGCUACAGCGCUGCAAGAAUCCCAACUAUUUCGGUCUUUGUCGGUCCUGCUGGUUUGUUACUUUUUAUAUCGGUUUAGAAACUGGGAUGUGCUCGGCGGAUCACGGACACUGGCGAGCGAAAUAAAAUCAUUAAUCUGUUUCUCGUUGUGUCGCCUCAAGUGCCGUGAUGCCUUUAAAUAAACAUUGUGUUUGCUUAAGCAAAAUGAAGAAAAUGAAAAAAACGUUCUUAGGCGCUUGGAAAGGACGCAGAGCGUCAUCUGCGUGAAAUCUUUCCGUAAAUCCGUAAAUUCGUAAUGGAGUAAAUCACUGGGGCUUUUGCGUUAUUUGUUGUUUAGAGGAAAACCCACAAAAAAAUCUUCAUAAAGCAAAUCUCAAGAACCAUAUGCCCCCCAUAAUUAAUAAAACCUGCUUGUAGAAAAUCUCCUCAUUCAAGUAAGUGAAUUGGCCUGUGUUUUCACUUUGCAGUUUAUCCUGUUUAAUUGCAUUAAAAAAAACACUGCUGUGGUUAUUUCCUGCUCCUAAAUAAGAGUUUCAGCAAUGUCACAGCCGCUGAUGUCCGGUGUGCAACUGGUCACAGAGUUAAAACAAGUUAAUGCCCUUAUAUGGGAUAAAAUUGAUAACGGGUAGCCUCACACCUCCGGGUUGUGGAUUCGAGUCUUGCCUUCUCCUCGCGUCACGUUACCCUGACUAAGAUAAGUAUUUGGAAGGUGGCGGACAAAUGAUAACCAAUGAUAGCCCUUUCCGACGCGUAAAUUUAGUAAAUUGCAAAGUGCACAUAUGCAUGGUCUUGAAAUGAAUUGAAAUUAAAUGAACCACAUGCAUUGUCUUACCUGAUAUGAGUCUACGAUCUUUUUUUUUGUCUUACCGCCCCGCAAAUGUAGCUUAUUACUUUUAAAUGAAGCACAAAUUACCUGAGUGAAGCUGUCUUAUUUCGGACAUACUACGAGAGAAACUCCGGGCAUUGGGAACGCCAUCUAUAUGGUCGUCAAGAGUCGAUCCAUUUUACAGCACAUGGCCUGGAUAAUUUGUUACCUAAAUAUGCUGAUGUACGAAAAUUGUUUCUUUACCGUAUAUUGUAAGAUACGGGCAAAUGUGUUCCAGUAUAUAACCAUGUAUAUAUGUAUAUAUCCUGGGAUCAUAAUGUCAUGUAUAAUCUAUGUGGAUGUAUGUGUGAUUUAGAUUUGCGCAGCCCUUUGAAAAAGAGAUUUGAUUUUUCCUCCACAAUAAACCACCUUUCAUUUC